AUGUCUACCACCACUUCUACUAGAACGACUCCCUCGUUCGGCCCAGGUCGAGGCUCCCCACGCAUACGGCCAUCUCCUAUAUCACAUUUGCCUCGGGAAUUCUACUCACAGGGCUUGAGAUUGCAUUCUCGCAGAGGGUCCCUUUCAAGCAGCCCGGAUGGCAAUCGAAAUCCGAGGAAACAAAAGCUUGCGCUGCCGCCAAACAUAUCCCGAGACAUCGAUCCCUUUUUGGCAAAGUACUUGAAGCCUUCGGUGAACGACAAGCACGAGCUGUACUUCAAAUCUUUGGAAAAACACUUCAACGUGCGUGGGUACGAUUUCUACAGCCAGUAUUUCAACAAAUCAACGGUGCCGACAAGCCCAAGCCAGACCCAAACGCUCAGGUCUUAUAUCAAAGAACGUCGGCGUGUAGUUUCGCCUUUAAGCCGACAAAUACCCACUGACACCUUCGACAAUGAAUCGCUGAGCGACGAUGAUGAUGAUAUAAGUGAGGACCGUAUACGAGGUCAAAGAAGACGCAAGUCAACUGGGGAGCUGAUGUCUCCGGGUCCCACCAGUAAGAAGCUUCAUUCACAGGUUUACACCACGCGGCUUCCGCUGGACUUUAUGAAGUGCGCCAUCGAUGACCUCAUUGACCUCAUCCAUCGCAUGCUCCAGUCACUCAUCAACCUCAACGACAAGGGUGUGCCACCCGUGGUUUCUAAUCCUGGCAGUGUUGAGUCUGGGGAAUUGCCGGCAGAAGAAAAAAAGAAGCUUUUGACGAGGUUCCAUUCGAGAACACCGCCAGCUAUCUCCAUCAAGACAUACCUUGCACGUCUAACGAGGUUCAACAACUUUACCCAGGCAACAUUGCUCACAACGAUCUACUAUAUUGACCUCUUGUCACAUAACUACCAGCCAUACUUCACGCUAAAUUCGUGGACGGUGCACCGGUUCUUGUUGGUAGCGACGAUGCUUGCACAAAAAUCACUUGAGGAUUUCUUCUACACGAACGACCACUACGCCAAAGUGGGCGGUGUAGCGCUUACAGAGCUUAAUUGUCUCGAAUUGGACUUCCUCACGAGAGUAAAUUGGAAAUUGGUGCCUGCCAAGCAAAUGGAUGAUCAUACCACGUCAAUCAGGUACAGCAAGCAGGUGCUAGAUCUAUACUAUGAGCAACUUAUCGGUCUAAUGGGGGCUAGCGUCUCGGAGCACAACAACGUUGUUUAUAAGUUAGCCGGUGCAGAGCACAUUUAG